AUGGACUUUUUACGUUUUCAAAGUGAUAAACCGACAAAUAGUGUUAACGAAAAAGCGAAACAUAUUUGGAAAAUGUUAGAUGAAUUAGCCGACAGUGAUCCAAACGCUUAUAAAAACUUUAUCGAAAAAACUUUGAAUGAUGGAAAGGAAUGGAUGGCACCACCUACACCGUUAAUGACAAUUCGAUCGACAUUGCUCAGUUAUCCAAACAUCAGAGUAUUUUAUUUAAAUGUUUUUACAUGGUCAAGAUUACCAUCAUCAAAAACAGAAUCAACGAAAAUAUACAGCUUAGAACCAAUUAAAACCACACACAAUAAUGAAAAUUGCAUAAUUGUCAACGUUGCAAUUCAUCCAGACAUAUUAGAGUGUGAGAAUAAGAAUGAGUUAGAACAGAAAAGACCUCAAAUAAUUAAGGCAACGUUUGAUUUAAUAGCCUCACAAUAUGAUUUGUUAUUAGAUUCUAAUCAAUAUGAAAUACUAACGGAAUGUAAUUGUAUCGGUAAUAAGGAACAAUAUCAAAAUGAAUUUGUAAAACCGUUAAAGAACAAAAAUAAUAAUUCAGUAAAUAUGAACAGCAAUAGUGAUGCGCACGAGCAGCUAUUAGAAAAUGGUUUAAGUCCAUCACUAAUUAAUCAGUUAUCAUCAUUUUCUAUUAAAGCAAGUAGUCCUCCACCACCGCCUCCACCAUCUGAAUGUAAAAUUGCAUCUCAAAAUCCUAAAGUUUUAAUUGAAGAAAUGACUGAUACAAAAUCGGACAACUGGCUAAAACCAGUGUUCACUGAAGAGAUAUUGAAUAAUCGGUUGCUAAUACGUAUUAAUUUACCCGGUUGUGAUCAAGUUAGUGAUUGUGAUGUAACAGUUAAAGAUCAUUUUGUUACUAUCCUAUGCGAAAAAAUAAGAAUGAAACUGUCACUCAAUUUAAAAAAACGAAAUGUUACAGAUUCAAAUCGUUUAACAGCAAAAUUUAUUCGCAAAACUCAACAAUUAGUGUUAAGCGUGCCGGUUGAAAUUAGUCAAGAUACAACAAACGAAAAAUAA